GAUUGCUUUGCCUGGGGCAGACACCGACAUUCCUUUCUGGACUACCUACUUACAAAGAGCUUCUUUCUCAACCAAUAAAAGCGGGUAUUCUUCAUUGACCUGCUGGAACACAAAAGACUUUCCUUGAUUCUUCCUGUCCAACGUCCAACUCUUUCAUCUUAUUCUGCUUCGUCUGGUACGGGCAGAAUUAAAACCCAUUCUUUCAACUGUCGAGCAGCUCUCAAAGAAUCGAUGCACGCCGAAGCCUAUAUCACAAUGUUCCCUAAAUCCGCUCUUUCCAUUGUCGCCGUCCUCGGUGCCUCUUUGGUUGGGGCCCAUCAGGAGAUGGUGAAGCCUGUUCCCUACAACUACGUUCCCAAUAAGAUCGAUAACUCUCCUCUCCUUGCAGAUGGAAGCAACUUCCCUUGUAAGAUCACUGGCGAUUACUCCGUGACUACGGAGAAUAUGAUGGCUGUGGGCGAAUCCCAGGAAUUGGCUUUUGUUGGAACUGCCGUCCAUGGCGGUGGUUCUUGUCAGAUCAGUAUCACUUCCGAUCGAGCACCUACCAAGGACACAAAAUGGAGUGUUAUCAAGUCAAUUGAAGGUGGUUGCGUUGCUGAUGUUGACGGCAAUCUUUCAGGGGAGGGCGCCAGCACGGCUAACCCAUAUACUUUCAACUUUACCAUCCCGGAAGGUGUUGAGGCUGGUAAAUAUACCAUGGCCUGGACGUGGUUUAACCGGGUUGGUAACCGCGAAAUGUAUAUGAACUGCGCGCCGAUUACCGUUACCACUGGCUCUUCCUCAAAGAGAUCGGAGGGUAAAGAAGUAAAGAAGCGCGCGCUGGAUGGUUACCCAGACAUGUUCAUCGCCAACAUCAACGGUUGCCAAACUGCGGGAAAUAAAGACAUUCGUUUCCCCGUUCCUGGUGAUGUUAUUGAGUACCUGGGAAAACCGGCAAACCUUAUAGGAGAAGAUGUUAAUGUCUGCGAUGAAGGCUCUCCUACUUGGGGAACUGCGGGUUACAGCACCGCUAGUGGUUCUGUUCCAGAGCCUACUGCUUCAACUUCGACAUCCACUUCACAGCCCUCAGUCAGCGCUUCAGCGACUGUCAGCGUCCCUGUUCCUGACACGACCCCAGAGACCACUCAACCAUCUGAACCCGGCACCUCUGUCCCCAGCUCCACAUCCGCUGCCCCUACCCCCAGCAGCUCCAGCUCUAGCUCUGGAGUUCUCACUGGAGCUUGCAGCAACGAGGGCCUCUGGAAUUGUAUUGGAGGAACUUCCUUCCAGCGCUGUGCGAGCGGAAUUUGGUCUGAGACUCAGUCUGUGGCUGCUGGCACUGAAUGCAUCCCUGGCCAGAGUGCUGAUUUUACUGUGAAGGCGAUUGCCAUGAAGCCUCGUAUGCUAAAGGAGCGUCGCUUCCGUAAGCGCUCUCAUGCUGGCCAUGUCCAUGCAUAAACGACUUAUUGUCCGCUGGUUCGG